AUACAGCUCUGAUAUCCACCAUAAUCGGAGUAUUUAAAGUAUAAUUUGACGUAUACUGCACAUUACAGAUAUUGCACAAUGCCUCCCAAGUUCGAUCCAACAGAAGUUAAAGUAGUCUGCCUCAGGGCUGUCGGUGGUGAAGUCGGUGCUACAUCGGCCUUGGCCCCCAAGAUCGGUCCACUCGGUCUGUCCCCAAAGAAGGUCGGAGAUGACAUCGCCAAGGCAACUCAAGACUGGAAAGGUCUCAAAAUCACGGUGAAACUCAUCAUCCAGAACAGACAGGCUCAAAUUGAGGUUGUGCCCAGUGCAGCUUCUCUUAUUAUCAAGGCACUGAAAGAACCACCCAGGGACCGAAAGAAGGUUAAGAACAUCAAACACAACGGGAACCUAACCUUCGACGACAUCAUCAACAUUGCACGAACAAUGCGACCGCGGUCCAUGGCUCGCACCAUGAUUGGUACAGUGAAGGAAAUCCUUGGCACGGCACAGUCUGUUGGCUGCACAAUCGAUGGCUGCCAUCCUCACGACAUGAUCGACAAGGUGAACAGCGGAGAGCUGGAAGUCCCUGAGGAAUAAACACCAGACCUGUACAGGAGUUGCAAAAAGAAAAUAAAAACGUCUCAUACA